UAAAUGUGAGAAUGUAGAGCACAUACUUGCAUUGAUCUGUUCUCAACUGGUAUGUGGGGAUUAAUACAGAUGAAUACAGUAGCCUCUAUUUCAUAAUACAGUUGGAAUAAAAUGUUUACUUUUCAUCUCGGGCUGAUUUUCCUGAGGAUAGAAUAGAGCUGUUUGUUUGUAUUGGAAUAGAAAACAGCCUAGUACACUUUUUUUUGAAAAUUUCAAAAGGAUUAGAUAUCGGCUAAUUGAAAAUGGUGAAAAGGGCAAUAAAUGACAACAUCUGAUUUGUGUGGUUGUUUAAGCCAUGGAAAAAACAUUGAUUCACAUUUAGUCUGUGUUUCAAGUGGAAGUAAUACAGAUAUUGGAUGUCAGAGCUGGAUUUUGAUCACUGGAAGAGUAGGCAAUUUAAAGGUUAAAUGUGAGAAAAUUUCAGAUAAUAUUUUGACUUGCCUUCGUUUGUACAUGGAAGUCCUUAGACAAAACAAGUUGGCAUUGAUUGGAUGUGGUAUCAGUAAGAGUCGAAAAUGUAAACAGAAUGACUUUUCACUAGCAUUCAAUAUUAGAUAUUAAAUGUAGUUUAUGGAAGUUAUCUAUUAUGCGAUAAAUUUCUAAAGAGUAGUUUGAACGAUAUAUCUCCAUGAGUUGGUGAUCGUAAAAUGAUAUCAAGGAAAUAAACAGUAACUUAAUACAGUCUGCUGAGAGUGUACUAAACUGGCAGAUGUUAUUGGGAAGUCAUCUGAAUCUGGUUAGUGUCCUGGUGUUGUGUGGGAAUACUUAUACAGAAUUGAUUCAGGAAUAUAGAUAUAAUAUGAACUUUGUUAAUAUUUUGAUCAGGUGAAUAUUAAAAUACAACAAAGACAUGUAAAGAUAUUACUUGGUAAAAUGAUAGUUAACAUUGUAUUUGUUAAAACAGUAAGAUGAAAGAAAUAAACAAUGUGUGGUGAAACAAAUAAACAAUGUGUGGUGGAAAUGAAUGGCAAUCAUUGAUUAUAUAAUAAUUUGGGUCCAUUAAUCACGAGAUGUUGUCGCGGAAGUCACAUACAAAGAUGGAAGACCUGCGCCGAGUGUCGUCAUGGAAACCAAAGAAGGAGAAGAAGUCAAUUCUGGCGCGAAGCAAGAGCGAGGGGAUGGGGGACUGCUCCCUUCCGGCGGACCUGAGGACCCCGGGGCCCCCUAUGAUCCCCAGGUCGGCUUGGAAUUUUGAGGAUGACACUGACUCUACCACUUCAUCUGAGAACAUGACCACUGGCUCUGAUGACGUCUCUGUGCAGAAAACACCAACCCCCCUGUAUUACACAACUCCUCCAAAAGCUAACAUCACACGAAAUGCUGACGAUCGAAAGAGUUCGAAGCGGCCCAGUAGUCAUCACUCCGACCCCUCCCAUCUCAAUCUACGAGGCCGAUCUGUCAGUCUAGACUGUGGAGAUGGCAGGAUGAUGAAGUUGUUUGCAUCAGAGUCCGACAACUUGCAGAACAUUCCCAGCAGUCGUGAGGGGCUGAGGGCCUCCCCUAGUGACCCGGGCUCACUGCUACACAAUGGCUACCCCUCGCCAGGCAGACCCCCCAGGACACCGCUAUCAACGCCCAAGAAGCGGCCGUCCAUCAGCAGUUCAGAGACAAGCAGUUCGUCACCGGGGAAACUGGAGAGAAAACGCUUGAGCAAGGAGUACAAAACCUACGAUAUCAUAGCACUGUUUGAUGCAGUUGAGAAUCAAGAUCUGGAUGCUGUGAAAGACAUUCUUGAAACUAAUGGCAUUGACAUCAACAGUGUCAACAGCGAGUUUUUGACCCCCCUGGACGUGGCAGUGAUGACCAACAACAUCCCCAUGGCCAAAAUGCUGCUGUCACAUGGUGCCAGGGAGUCACCUAUGUUUCAAAAAGGCGAGAUGCGAUCUCAGAGGUUGGAAACGCUAGUGACAGAGGCAGAGAAGAGAGUGAUAGACUUAACACAGGCUGUGAUAAAUGGGUCAUCUGGAAAUACUAUCAUGUCUUCUAGUCAACAAAAGGAGAAUGAGCGUCAACUCAACCACUGGGAGUUCAGGCAUCGACUGCUGAAACGAAUGAAAGCCGGUUAUGAUCACGCACGGUGUCCUGACCCACCCACCAAUGUGACCCUGAGUAUAUCAGGCAGCUCCUCCCUGCUAGUCAAGUUUAGUGAACCUCUCAACAGGAAUGGGGCAGUUGUCACCAAAUACAAGGUGGAGUGGAGUAGAAAUGACAGUUUUUCGCUGCUUGACGGUGAGUUAUUGUUGGAGGAUGUGAGAAGUCUCGAGGUGGAGAUCAAGAAGUUGAAGAAAGGCAUGCCCUACUACGUGCGGGUGUCUGCCAUGAACAUGAAGGGCUUCAGUCAACCCGCCACAUCCAACCCUCAAUAUGCAGUGCCCUCAAGUUGGCGUGAUGCAGAACAUCGGUUACCCCGUUGCCAAGGCAAGCUCAAGAUCCUGGAGGAGUUGUUUACCCAAGUGAAGUCUCUAAGGCCUGCCGAUGCACCCACCAUUAAAGACACGCCCGGAUCUUCAUCUCCCAUGAGGAAAAAGAAAGGAUUCAAAAACCUCUUUUCGUCUGCACCUAAAUUUCACAAGGCCGUUAAAAGUGGAGUGUACCUGGCCUGCUAUUUCUGCUAUGAUGACAAAGUGUUGGUGACAUCGGAGGAGCAGGUGCCCAUGGUGGAGGUGGACGAGACGUUCGCGGGACCCUCUCUGCACCUUGACCUCUACUGGCUCAUGAAGGUCGCAUGCACGUGGGAGGAUGUGCGGUCAUUGCGCCAGGACAUGGAAAGGAGCACAGCAGAGGGCAAGGUGCACUUCCGCGGGAAACUUCUGCAAGCCGUCUCAGUGUUACAGAAUGCAUUAGGAACACACGAUCUUGGAAAGUUUUACUACAAACCCCUAAAAGACUCCAGUGGAAGCAUAGUGCUAGCGACAGUGAACUUUCUGAAGGACCCCAAGGUUGUGUCCUUGACCUCAGGAAAGUGGGUCCCAUUUUCACGACUACAACGAAGGCAGAGCCAGUCCAUAGGUGAUUUUGUGGAGGACCAGGACACUAUUCUGUCAUCUAUCAAUGAAAUGCGUGUGUACCACAGGACAAGUUCUAUGCCUCUACGCCCUGGACUCUACCUUGGCUACUUGAAGCUUCACGUUGCCAUUGACGUUGUAAGAGUGCUCGUCUCCCAGGCUGCACCCAAUGUACUUCCAAACGUGAAAGUCAGAGACUGUUCAAACAUUUCUAUGGAUGAGUGGCAGUGGUUGAAGCAGCUUCAUUCAGGUCGCCCCAGCGCGGCCUCCACAUCAACCAAUCAGCAGGCGUUCUACUCCUCCCUCUCACAGGCCUCAGAAAAACUCUUUAAAAUGCUCAGUAUCCCAGAGGAGCUGUGUGCGGGGCAUCGCCUGUAUGACUGUGAGGUGAUAGAGUUGAACGCACACGUGUCCUUCCUGCUGAUAUUGCCCCCUCCAGAGGACCUUUGUAUCAUUCCUAGUAGUGGUGAGGAAGAUGUGGAGAAGACUAAAGAGAGGGAAAAUUUUACUCUUCUACCUGUGCAGGUCUUUGAAAUGAUCAAUAUGUGUACAUAUCAGCCCCAUUUCAUCAGCCGCUACUCCCGCCUGUCCUCAAUUCUAGAGAUGGACACCAUACUGGCACAGCAGACGCAACGGGAGGCCUUCUCCAAAGAGGAGCUUCACACAGCCAAAGACCGGGUCCAUCAGAUGAUGAAGUUGCAGAGUGACCUUGACAAGACGUGGAAGGACAUGCGUUGGACUAUGGACAUCAUCACUACCGCUCGGUCCCGAACAUUCCCCGCAGGAAUUCCUGUACAGAUGCUCCUAACACCAUCAGCAAAUGAAGAUUCAUUAUCUGUGCAGCUUGAACUGAAGGGGAAAAUUUUGGACAACAAUAAUUAUCAGCAGUGCAAUUCUAAUUCUUGUGAUUCCAAUGAAAUCAGUGUUGGGAAGGACCAUAGGAAAAUUGCCAAAUUCUAUGAUCCUCUUCACGAAGAUGCGCAAGAAAAUGGACAUUUGGACACUCAAUCAGAUGCUUCUAGUCACAACGACAUUCUACGGGUGUAUGCAGCUUACGAAACUGGUCUGGCAAAAGGAACUAGUGUAAAACUUCAUGUGACUCCAAAAACUACGGCAAGGGAGGUAAUAAACUUAGUGGUGGUGAAUCUGAACCAAGCUGUGAUAAACAAGGGCAAACCUGGACCCAUAUAUUCUGAGGAGGAAUUCUCCGAGUUCUGUCUUGUUGCGGUUAUAGGGGCCAGGGAGAGGAUAUUACGAGACGAUUAUCAGCCCCUGCAGCUGCAGAACCCCUGGACAAAGGGGAAACUAUUUGUGCGAAUGAGGAACAAUCUGCUAGCAGCAAUACAGCAAGGGCAGGCAACUGCUGUAUGAUGGUGUGGGGCGAGGUGUGCUGGAGUCAGUGCUGUGCUAUAUGAAACACUUAAUCAAGUGGAAUAAGUAUUAGGUCAUGUUGAUACGUGUACCUGUAUAACUUUUAUAGGCAUUGAAUCAAACAUCCGUUCUAAUUGUUUAUGCCACUCUAUGAAGAAAGCGGCAUGCAGUUGUCGCACUGUCUGUCCAAACGUCUGUACUGAAGUGUUGGAAUGCCCGUCCACAACUUACUGUCUUGGCCAUUAUUUUGUCAUAUAUUGAUGGAUAUUUAAUAACUAGGAACAAAUUUCAACCGUCAUAAGAAGAAAUGUUGUAUAUAACAUCACCCAACUUCAACAGUGAAGGUCACUCUUAGAACAGCCUGAUAAUUCCUGUUCCAGCCAUAACUUUGGCAUUUAUCUAUGGAAUUUUAAAUAACCUGGCUCAAAUGUAUACCAGAACAUGUUGCAUGUAUAACAUCCAUCUCUCUACCUAAAAGGUUAAGGUCAAACUUAGGGGUCAAAUGUAAAAUUUGUUAAUAAAAUACCUCAAAUAUUCAUGUCUAAGCCAUAACAUUGCCCUAUAUGGGUGGAUUUUUAAAUAAAUUGGUGAAAAUGUAAACAAACAUAAGACAACAUGCAGUGUGUAACACCUGUUUCCCUACCUCAAAGGUCAAACCAAGAGGUCAAAUGUAUUUUUUGGCCAAAAAUCACUUUUGCCUGACUUACAAUGUCAUAAAUUAUUGAAUUUUAAUAUAACUGAACAUUAUUGACAUUUGUGAGUUGGCAAAGCAUGUCAUGCCUCUCACUCGAUCUUAAAGGGCAGUGUCACUCUUAGAGGUCAAAAGUCAAAUUUGGCCAUUAAAAAUAAUAGCUUUUUGAAAUAAGUGAAGUUUUUACAAAUAAACAGAAUGUGGGGGCAUCUUGUCUUAAUAUUUCCAAAUGUGUAAUGUUGUCACUGUGGUAUUUCUAAGCAGUGAAAAUUAAAUAAAAGAAGGUAAACUGCCAAUAUCUUCCCUAUAUGACUGAAAUAUUAUAAUAUUAUUAGAAAUGCAAAAGGUUUUAUCUAAGUUUGAAACAAACCUACUUUAGUUUAGUAAAAAAUCUCUACAGUAGAUCUGCAUUUGUGGGAAUAUCAUAGGAGGUUGUGGUUUUGUUGUAUGUAUUGCAUUAGAUGAUGGCAUUUAACAUUUCUGUCUCAAAACUUGCCAGUGAUUAUUAUUGUUUAUACGCAAAGCAUUAUUUGUUCACAAUUGUUAUUCCUUAGCCUUCAUUAUUGUAUUGGUUUCUUUCAAAUACUUACUACAAUUAAAGUUAAAAAAUUACUUCAGUGUACUUUUAGUACUUUUUGUUCUUAGCAAUAUAUAUCAUUUUAAUAAAUGUCAAUUUCAAACAUUUUUCAUUUAUUCUGGUAGUGUUUUCAACCAUUAUAUUACCGUUAUGUUAACAUUUUCAUAGAUGUAAAUAUAAAAUACUUUAAUUUAUUAUUGUGUUCACGUAACCCAGUGCAAUUUUUAUCUUCCAUGUUCUUACAUCCAAACCCCCCACCACUGUGAUGCCAUGUCCUGUGUCUUGUAAGUCCUGUCCAGCAUUGUCUUGUAGUUGGGUGACAUUGUUAUAUUGCAAACCUGUCUACUCUGGUCUUGCCCUGUAGCUCAAUAUGAGCUAUGUACUGUAUGUGUAGCACUGCCUAACUAACAGUAAUAGUUUAUAUUAUUACCAGAACUAGUAGAGUUCACAUAGUUUGUGAUAGGAUUCUAGGACAGGACAAACAUUAUGUAGAUCAUACAUUAACAUACUUGUGUAUUUCAUGAGCAGUAACUCAUAAAUAAAGACAUGCUUAGCAGAUUCAAUAGUUUGCUGGUCAAUUUAUUUUUUGAAGGAUCAUGAUAACUGUCUCUCAUUGCAAAAUAAUUCAAAUGAAUUUAACCUGCAUUUUUAAGGAAAUGUUUUCACAUUAUUUAAAUCAGAUUUUAAGCUUACAUUUUACUUAUCAUUAUAAUUGUAUUGUUAACAAAAGUACUUUUCUCAAAAUCAUAAAGCAUAGUUGAUUGGAACAGACAUGGUAUUCUAUUUUGUUUGUAUGCCCCCAUUUCAUGAGGGUUGCAGCGGACAUAUAGAAUUGCCCUUGUCUGUCAGUUUUUCUCUUUUUUUUAUAAGCACGAAACUAAAAAAGGUUUAGUGAAACUUUGCAAACAUAUCAAUCAGCAUGAGAAAUUGUGCACUUCCAUAUUUAAGUUUGAAUGUUUCCAACAUAAAUAGAUUUAUGACCCCUUUUAAGCCAAAAAUUACAAUUUGUAACUUGUAUUGUGCAUAACUAAACAUUUUCUGGUUUAGGUCUUUAAUUAAAUAUACUUAAACUGACAUAUAAAAAAUUUGUUUCAAUUUAUAACUGUAAUGGGUUUUAAAGCUGAAAGAGUAAAUAACUAUUUGCAUAAUAGUGAACAAACUCUCACAGAUACUGCUCAUCAUUCCCUGUGUUGUGUAUGUGUUGUGGAGCCUCAAGUCAUAUAAUUUUAAAGACUGUUACGGGGCCUAAAGUCUUAUUUUGUUACAUAUUAUGAAUAACAUAUAGUACUGUAUUACAUGGAUAAGAACAUAUACUGUACCAUAAGUUUUCAAACACUUAAAAAAAAAUAUUUUCAUUUCACAGUUAAUUUUCACUUUUUUAAACAGUGAAUUAUCAAUUUUAAUUCCCCAAUAUUUCUCUACAGACCACCCAAAAAAUAAAAAAAAAUAAAAAAAAUUAACAUAGCAAGCAACACAGUUAUAAGCAUAUGUGUCCUUUUUAAGUACCAGUAUUUUAUUUUAUAUUUAUUUCCAUAUUUUCAUGCCACUGAAAUACUUUUCAGGUCACUAUCAUAUUAUCAUUGUUCACGGUGAUUCUCAAACAUAACAACAUUAUUUGCAUUUGAAGAAGAAACCUAUCAAUUUAUAUUCUCUGUAUGUAAUGGUUUGAAGAGUUUACAUGUUGGUAAAAACAUAGACAUAAGUAAUUUUCUUAAGCAAAGCUAUUUUUCCCACCCAGCAAUGUUAUUAAUACCAAUCAUAUUGCUUUUAUAUGUUAUUUACUUAUUUAUACAUAAAUAUUUUGCACGGAUGAACCAGUCUUUCAUAAGUAAUAUGUUAAAAGUUGUCUCUGUGAAUGGAGGGACAAUAUGUGAUUUUAUUUAAUCAAUAAUUUAUUGAUGUAUUUAUACAAUUAACCAAAUAUGUCUCUCAGUGUUUAGGCUGUUAAUAAAGCAUUGGAGUUCCAAUAGUUAUUAGUUAUAUGUUGGUAACCAGUAAUUAUGCAUUGUAGAAUUUGUUUAGAAUCUUUAUUAUUGUUUGGUUAGUCGAUUUAAUUCGAAAUAAAACUACAAACCCUU